AUGGCCGAAGGUGUAAGCAGCAGCUGCUGCAGCAAACGCAGCAGCAGCAGCAACACCAGCAGCAGCAGCAGCAGCAACAACAACAGCACCAUCAGCGACGAGCCCACUGUUGCCCGCAGCAGCAACAACAGAAAGAGCAGCAGCAUCAAAACAAGCGGCACCACCAGCGCCCCGGGUGUAUAUGCACAAAGUUGCAUAUGCCAAGCAGCAGCAGCAGCAGCAGCAGCAGCAGCAGCAGCAGCAGGAGCUUCAGGAUCCUCAGCAGCAACCUCUCACCCCUCUCCCCCUGGGGGCCCCCUUGUCUUACGCUUCGCCCCCAGCCCCACCGGCCUGCUGCAUGUGGGGGGGGCCCGCACUGCCCUCUUCAAUUUCGGCCUUUUACAGGACCAUCGCUCCCAUGGGGGCCCCCUGGGGGCCCCCGGGGGCCCCCAGGGCCCCCAACGUCUUCAGGGUCCCCAGCCCCCCCGGGGGCCCCACCAGGGUCUUUUGGACCCCCAGAGGCCCCAGGGUACCGGGGGUAUGGAGAAUGAAGAAGAAGGAGAGAAGGAGAGAAAAGAGAAAAUGAUUUUAAGGAUCGAUGAUACAGACAGCAGCCGCAGCGAGCAGCAGAUGGAGGCAGCCAUGCUUGAGGACCUCCAGUGGCUGGGCAUCAAGUGGGAUGAAGGCCCGGAUGUGGGGGGCCCCCGGGGCCCCUAUAGACAGUCUGAGAGGCAGCAUAUAUAUCAACAACAGGGACGACGGCUGCUGGAGAAGGGGAUGCUGUACAGAUGCUUCUGCAGCAAAGAGAGGCUGCUGCAGCUGCGUCGCGAGUGCACAGAGCGGGGCCUUCCGCCUCGCUAUGACGGGCGCUGCCGCUCCCUGGAUCAGCAGCAGGCAGAGACUCUUGCUGCAGCAGGGAGGCCCUUCACUCUCAGAUUCAAGACGCCUGCUGAGCCUGAGACAAUUUGCUUCAGAGACCUCGUGAGGGGCCCCGUGACUUUCUCCGUGCAGCAGACAGCAGGGGAUUUCGUUUGCUUCAGGCACACAACGGGGGCCCCCAAAGGAGAGGUUUGGGGGGCCCCCGUAUACAACUUCUGCUCUGCUGUGGAUGACUGGCUGAUGGGAGUGACUGCCGUCGUCAGAGGGGAGGAACACAUACCCAACACCGUGGCCCAGAUACUGGUAGCUCGGGCCUUGGGUGCCCCCGUGCCUCUCUUUUGCCAUCUCCCCGUCAUUGUAGCGAAAGAAGGAGGAAAGAUCAGCAAACGCAUGCAGCAGCAACUUGCUAGCAGCAGCAGCAGCAGCAGCAACAGCAGCAGCAGCAGCAGCAGCAGCAGCAGUGACUACACGAUUCGGGGUUUGCGGCGGCGCGGCUAUCACCCAGAGGCUGUCGUAGAUUUCCUUAGGGGCCACCACACCAACGAGGGGGGGAACCAGAGGGAGAAGCCGUCUUGGUUGAGUGCGUUGGGCCGCGGGGCGUUUUGCUUCGAUGAGAUACACCUCAAGUUUGCACACAAACAAAAGAUACGGCAGUUGGUUGCCAGCCCCGAUGCCGAGCCCCUGGUGCAGUUUUUCUUAGAUGUCAUCGCUAUGGCCCCGGGUGUAUCCCCAGACACUGCGGAGGUGCCUACAGCAGCAGCAACAGGAGAAGCAGCAGCAGCAGCAGCAGCAGCAGCAGCAAUGCACAGCAGCAAACGGGAGAAAUCUGUUUCUUCAGAGCUGCAUGCGCUUAACCCUUCUCUGUUUAACUUCAUCUCUCUUGCUGCUCGUCUGCUGCUGCAGCAGCACACAGCGCCUGCUGCUGUUGCUGCUGCACUACGCGAGUUCCUUACAGGGGGCCCCCUGCAGGUGUUGGGGGCCCCUGGGGGCCCCCUGCAGUCGGGGGGGGGCCCCGGGGGCCCCCUGGCUUCUUCUCGAGUGUAUAGGCAGCAACCAGCAUUUGUAGCUGUCGCUGCUGCAGUGCUGCAGUCUAAAGAAAUGUUUGCUGCUCUGUCUGCUGUCGGUACAGCAGAAGAAGCCUCAGCAGAGACACAGCAGCAGCAGCAGCAGCAGCAGCAGCAGCAGCAGCAGGAUGAGGUGCUGCAGCAGUUUGAAGAGUGGAAGCAGCAGCUGCUGCUGCAGCAAAAGAUAGAAAAAGCAGAGCUGCUGCAGCUGCUGCGGCUGUCGCUGACGGGCAAGGAGACAGGCCUCCCGCUGCUGCAGCAGCUACGCCUCCUCAAGGCAGCGGAGUUGGCUGGCCUCGCGCCGCAGCUAGCAGGAGACAGAGGAGACAAAGAAAAAGAAAAAGAAAAAGAAAAAGAAACAGAAAAAGAAAUAGAGAGAAAAGGAGAAAGAAAAGGAGACGGAGAAGGAGACAGAGAGAGAGACAAAGAAGGAGAGAAAGAAAAAGAAAUACAGAAAAAAGGAGACAGAGAAAGAGAAAGAGAGAGAAAAGAGAGCAGCAACAUAAAACAAAAAAAAGAAAAAAACAAGCAAAAGGUGCCUAUACACCCCGGGGUGUUAUUUGUCUAUCAGCAAAAAGUAAAGACACUGCAGCAGCGGCUAGCAGAGCUGCAGCAGCUCUUGAGGGAGCUGCCUAUACACCCCACCUAA